AUGAAUACUACCAAUUAUACAACUAAUAACGGUGAUGAAUUCUCGCAUAAACUCGUCUUUAUCCAAGGAUUGGUUUACAUUCCAAUUCUAUGUACUGGAAUUGUCAAUAAUCUUUUCACUAUCAUAGUCAUGCUGUCAAAUCGAGAAAUGUAUACAGUUACCAAUUGUUAUCUCCUCAAUUUAGCUAUCAGUGAUACUUUACCAUUAAUUAUCAGUUUACCAUUUGAAAUUACGUUUUUGCGCAUCAAACUUCCAUGGAACGAGAUCGGUUGUAAACUUCGGAGCCUACUCGCUGAAACAUCGACGAAUGCAUCGAUUCUAACGAUCAGCGCGUUUACUAUUGAACGUUAUUUAGCAGUUUGUCGUCCGUUACAUACAUCUUAUCAUUCAACUACACGACGUGCUAUUAAAAUCGAAUUUCUGAUUUGGUUCAUUGCCGUAACGUCUUCUAUUCCAUACUUUCAUUUCAUUGAACGAGCCGAUAACGAUUGUGUUUUUAAUACCGACUUGCGCUCUUCGAUUCAAAUAUGUUUUCAUAUAUCUGCGAUAGUAUUCUUCGUCUUGCCCGCAUUCAUUCUCUGUUUCUUGUAUGCAUUGAUGGCACAACGCCUGUAUUCAGUUGGUUUAAUUAAUCGAAUUCGAUGGUCAAAAUCCAGCGGAACGGAAUCUUGUUCGUCGCCGAGAUGUUUACAAAAGAUUGAGUGUGACAAUGUGAAUUCCAAAUGUCAACGACACUCGUCAACGUCUUCAAUACUAAUUCGACAUUCGUCGAUUCUGCGCUCUAACAAAAGUUCUCUUCCUGGCUCAAUUAAUCCAACUCCAUCAAUGAAAAUCUCGGCAUUUAAAAUGCUUUUUGCGGUUGUUAUUGCUUUUAUCAUCUGUUAUGCGCCAUUUCAUGUUCAACGAUUAAUUACAAGUAGUUUAGAUGACAAUCAUCUUACUACCAUUCAGCAACGUGCCAUUACUAUUUUUUUCUCUAUAAGUGGAAUUCUCUAUUUUCUUGGUGCAUCUAUUAAUCCGAUCUUCUAUCAUUUGUACUCUCGACGAUAUCGGCAAGCAUGUCGACGUACAAUAAGACGAAUUCUACACUGCCAACAACAGUAUCAUCAUCAUCGUCAUCAUUAUCAUCACCAUCGUAAUCAUUCUUUUCGUCAGAUUCAGUAUCGCAAGACUGAACAAUUGCAACCUUUUACACGCCUCGUUGCCUGUGCAAAUAGUGAUUCAAUCGUUUUGCCAAAAAUUGCAGCCAUCGAUCGAUUGGCACCUAAAUAUCGAAGUAGUUGCGAUCUAAGCAUCAAAACACAGCAUCGAUGGAGUUGUUCAUUGCCAGACUUAAAUAUAAACCCGGUGAAUUCAUAA